AUGCCAUUCAAAGUGAUGCAAACCAUGGAACGAGGUUGUCUGCGAUUGACGACUGUCCCAGAGCAGUGGGAAAAAAAUUGUAUUUUGUUGUGGCCCAAAACUAACGCGGAAAAACUUAGAAGGCGCGAGAAUUGUUAUCCAGAUCCUACUUGGACAGCUUUUAAUUGUAUCUUGAAAAGAAACCAUUUAAGAUCAUUUAAAGACGCAGAAAAUCAAAUAGAUGCAAUGAGCAAUAGGUCCGAUACCGAGACGGAGAAUGAGUAUCGAAACAAAUCGCUAUCUGCAACUACUCAAAGGGAACCGUUGUCUCAGUCUUUUAAUAAAAUGGCGCAGGAGUUGGUAGAGAAUGAUCAAGAAAAUAUUGCUGCUGCUGCUAUGCUAGAAAAAGAAAACAUGCCACCGGGCGAAAAUUAUGAUGCUGCCGUUAAUAUUGUUCGAAGUCAGGAACCAAACUCUUUACCGGAAGCAAUUGACCUAGGCUCUGAAAACGCAGACAAAGUCAAAGCAUUUUGA